AUGGCAGAAGGAUUCAAGACCUCGACGAAGCAAUAUCCAGAAAGUGCAAUGUGCGAUGUCCAAGUAAGAAAAGUCGGGCGCAUUGACGAUGCUCAAGAGUGCCUUCCAAUCUUCCCUGAGCAACCAGUCAACGAUGCAUUCCAGGUGUCGUUCGAGCUUUUGGAGGCUGCAGCAAGUGUCAUGAGUAGGUAUGGUCAAAGGAAGCAGUCUCAGAAGCGAGAAGCAGCAAUGAAUGGCCGCUCGGAAAAGAGCGGUUUUGGUCUGCUCUGGCAGGCUGACUCCCUGCCGUCUCGAAGCCAUUUCACGCCCGUCAUUUCCGAUCACAACUUGGCGCAACUUUUGUUCACACGAUGCGCGGUGCACGCUGAACACGCAGCGCGAUGCGCGUUGUGCACGCAGCGCAGGGCACGCCGUACACGCAGUGCGGGGAACGCUGUACACGCAGUCACGAUCUGUACACGCAACGCGGGGCACGCCGUACACUCAGCCCACCACACCCCGCCAACCGACGAACCUAGCAAAAAGGUCUCCGCUUUUCAGAGCUCACAACAAACACUAUGCUACCACAUUAACUGCGCAAUGCCGCUCUGCAUCAUCAACCAGCGCGGCGCAACCUGCAAAGUGCACAGGAGUGUGACGAUAAACCCCGCUAACCGACCACCCGACCAAGAAGCUCCUCGCUUUUCUGAACUCAGAACAAACACCAUGCAACCACAUCAACUGCGCAAUGCCGCUCGACAUUAUGAAUCCGCGUGGCGCAACGUGGAAGUGCAGAGGACGAUACGCCCUCCCAACCGACCAACCGGCCAAACAGCUCUCCGCUUUUCUGCGCUCGAAACAAACACUAUGCCGCUACAUCAUUUCCCCAAUGGCGCUCGACAUCAUCAAUCAGCGCUUACUACUGGAGCCAACUCCGACAAACCUGAUCCCCAGCCAGAGGAAUCCAGCCAACAGCCCACAGCGACAGGGACACAACUGCGCAAAGCCACCCAACGCUCCGAAAUCGCCGAAGCCCACAUCAAAGACGCAUACCGAGUGAUCGCAGAGUUGCAGGAAGACUUGGCCAGAGAGGCUAUAAGGCGCGCCAGGGAAAUCGCAGCUUGGGAAGAGAAUGUGCGCGAUGAGAAGGUCAAGGUGGAGAGAUUGCAGGCGAGAGAGCAGAUGCUGUCAGCAGAGCCAAGCUGCGGAGAUCAGACAGUUGAGGUGGGCUGUGCAGGGGAUUAUGGAGAAGAGCUUGAGAGAGGAGGAGGCGAAGGAGAGGGAGAUGAAUGUGAUUACGAGAUGAGCAUGAAUGCACACGACACAUUACAGUCACGAUGGGCAAUGCAAGGAAUUAUGGGGGAUGCUUUGAGAGGGGAGGAGGCCACUGGCGCAUGCUGCAUAGUAUGGUACUUCGGCGGCACUCAUUUCACCCCGAACGCAAGGCACAAGAGAAGGGAGAUGCACAUGAAUGAACACGGACACAUUGCAAUGGAAUGGAGUGGAGAUCAGUACAACAAGCACUGGCGCAUGCUGCAGAAAAUGAGCUUUCGUCCUAUCCUGGCCUCGAUACCAAUCUCUCUUCCAUGCUCGGAGUGCUUUGGCGGCGCUCAUUUCACUCUGAACGCAGGGCACGAGAAAGAACAUAAGCUUUGUCCCAUCCUGGCCGCAACACCAAUCUCUCUUCCAUUCUCGAUCCUGAAGAUCAUGCUCAUCAGGAGAAGGUCGAGGAUUGUGCUUCACGCGCUCGUGGGAGUACUUUCGGCCCGCAUGCAUGGGAGAUGCAUGAUUGAAGGCCGAGAUUAUGAUUGGAGUCGUCUGAUCCGAGAGAUAGGAACCGUAUUCUUCGAGAACUUCUUCAUCUCAGCUACACGGGAUUCCGCCCAUUUCCCUACCCUACUUGAUGCACGCUUGACAUCUCGCCUCAAUGGUCGUGCUCGGUCAAGCUGUCCCUCGUCCGACUUAUCAAUCGAGUGCUCGAGCUCCUCCUACACCAGUGCGGAGAUCUCGCCUACUUCCUCUUCCCCGGUCCCAAGCAUCUGCAUAUGGAAUCUGGCAUCUGCUGUAUUUGUGGCAUCUCCGGCUCGAGUCCAUUCUCGGACUCCGCUUCUGACUGUGCUUUUGGCCUUCGUCCGCGAUCCGAUGACUCCAUGGAAAACCCACUGGCGCGAUGCAAGUGCACUUCCCUGCACAUCCCUGCACAUCCGGACCGAAACUGACAUGAGCAAACUCUCCCAGCCAGACGAUGUUUUUGAGCCGAUCCAGGCCGAACGAGACGCGUGCGUCGCUGGUGAGUGUGGCCUGCUCUUGGCAUCCACCAAGGAUGCCCUCGAGCACUGGCACAUGACCAAGAACAAGGCCGCCCUUGUCUCGCCUGCUGGCAGCGACCUGGACCUCAUCGGGGCCCUGGAGCGCAUCAAUGGCAACCAUAUCAGCUUUUGCGAGUCAGUUCUUGCCAGCCGCACGAGGGGCGAGUGCGGACAUGUUGGGAGGCGCGGCUCGUGGUUGGAGCUUGUGGGUACUGUCCAGGCCGUCGACGACGCCAUUGGCCUUGAGGCUGAGGAGGACGCGGAGGGUUUACAUUUGACGAGCACAAUGAUACUUGCGUCCCGAAAGAAGAAGUUGGUUCCGCUCAAUGCCAUAUCCAUCUCUGCUCACCUGCAAUUUGAGACUCUGAGAACCUUUUCAAAUCGCCUAGGCCUGUGCCUCUUAUGUCGCCUUUUGCAGAAGGGCGUGGAGAUACGCGGGAUCGAGGAAGCCUACCUUCUCCAAGUCGGUCGCAUGAACAGAACCGAUACGGCUUCAAGCAAUGCAGCAAUUUGGUUGUUGUCUUCUUUGGAAAUGUCGCAGUCUGAUCACCACAAUAUGAUUACUCUUAAAUCAGCGCUGCUGUCCGACUAUGCCUCCCCAAGCUUUGUACGCCGCAAAGCUCCGAGCCAAAUCCAAUGCAAAGAAUUCAUCGUGUCUAGAAGACCUGUUAGAUUGGUGCCGAAUCAAGGCUUGAUGAGUUGUGCGAAGAUGUAUAAAUGCUCGGUACCAGAUAUUAUGAAUUCUCGUUCUUGGAUAUAUAGCAGAAUGGAAGGUGAUUGGAGCCUCAAAGACAAAGACAUUCAGAGAUUUAAAAAGCGAGCGAAGUUUUUGUUUGGGACAAAGCAAAAUGUAUACUUGAGAGACUUCCAAGGAGCGGACAUUUUGAUCCUCAAGACAGUACGGAGGUCCAAAGCAAUUGCAUUGAUUGAAGGCUCCGCAGACUGGCUAACAUCGAUCUACAAUAUUGAUGCCGAAAGCAGGAAGUUGGAGGUAUUAUGA